CACUCCGCUGGGGAGCGGAGAAAGGUUAUGGCCAGCGCUCGGCGCCCUAGCUGCUCCGCGGCGGCAGUGACGGAGGCUGGAGGACCGGCGGAGUGCCUGCAGGGGCGUCGGGAGGCGGAUUCCGCCUUCCCUGAGCGCUAGGGGGCGGGAGGAGGGGGCCGGGCCAGCGGCGCAGCUUGCCGCGGAGACAGCGGGCUGAGCGAUGGAGGCCGACGGGCUGCCGUGGGCCGGCGAGUCCGUGUCGGGCCCCGGCCCGGGAGGAGGCGGAAUGAUCCGCGAGCUGUGCCGGGGCUUCGGCCGCUAUCGCCGCUACCUGGGACGGCUGCGACAGAACCUGCGAGAGACCCAGAAGUUCUUCCGCGACAUCAAAUGCUCCCACAGUCACAGUUGUCCCUCCUCCCCCGCGGGCGGCGGCGCGGCCGAGCUUGGCCCUACCGGCGACGUCGCCGAAGUCCUGCUGCCAGCGGGCCAGCUGAGCUGCAUUUCCUUCCCACCUAAGGAAGAGAAGUAUCUCCAGCAGGUUGUGGACUGCCUUCCCUGUAUAUUGAUCCUCGGCCAGGACUGUAACGCCAAGUGCCAGCUGUUGAACCUGCUGUUGGGGGUGCAGGUGCUUCCCACCAUCAAGCUGGACAGUGACGAGAGCUGUAAGCUCCGGCGCCUCCGCUUCACCUAUGGGACUCAGACUCGGGUCAGCCUGGCACUCCCCGGUCAGUAUGAGCUAGUACACACGCUGGCUGCACACCAGAACAACUGGGAGACCAUCCCUGAGGAGGACUUGGAGGUUCAGGAAGACAGCGAGGAUGCUGCUCAUGUUUUAGCUGAGCUGGAGGUGACGAUGCAUCAUGCUCUCCUACAGGAAGUGGAUAUUGUGGUGGCUCCGUGCCCCAGCCACCGGUCUGCAGUAGAUGUUCUGGGUGACUUGGCAAAUGAUUCCUUGCCUGUGAUAACCUAUGCACUUCACAAAGAUGAACUCUCUGAGAGGGAUGAGCAAGAGCUUCAGGAAAUCAGAAAGUAUUUCUCCUUUCCCGUGUUCUUUUUCAAAGCACCCAAGCUGGAGAUAAUGGACUCCUCUGGAGGGAGAGCAGAGAGUGAAAGAUCACCACUCUAUCGACAGCUAAUGGACCUGGGCUAUCUGAGCGGCAGUCACAGGAACUGUGUAGCCCCUGACCAGGACAGCAGAGCUCAGAGCAUGUUGGUGGAGCAAGGUGAGAUGCUGAGGCAUUUGAGUACAUUUUCUCACCAACUGCUACAGACCCGCCUAGUGGAUGCAGCCAAGGCCCUGAAUGUGGUGCACUGCCGCUGCCUUGACAUCUUCAUUAACCAGGCUUUUGAUAUGCAGCGGGACCUGCAGAUCACUCCCAAACGUCUAGAAUAUACUAGAAAAAAGGAGAAUGAAUUGUACGAAUCAUUGAUGAACAUUGCCAACCGAAAGCAGGAGGAAAUGAAGGAUAUGAUUGUUGAGACACUUAACACCAUGAAAGAGGAACUUCUGGAUGAUGCUGCCAACAUGGAGUUUAAAGAUGUCAUUGUCCCGGAGAAUGGAGAAACAGUGGGCACCAGAGAGAUCAAAUGCUGCAUCCGACAGAUCCAAGAGCUUAUCAUCGCCAGGCUCAAUCAGGCAGUGGCCAACAAGCUGAUUAGCUCAGUGGAUUACCUACGAGAAAGCUUUGUUGGGACCCUGGAACGGUGUCUGCAGAGCCUUGAAAAAUCACAGGAUGUCUCAGUUCAUAUUACCAGCAAUUAUCUCAAACAGAUCUUAAAUGCCGCUUACCAUGUUGAAGUCACAUUUCACUCUGGGUCCUCAGUUACAAGGAUGCUUUGGGAACAAAUCAAGCAGAUCAUCCAGCGUAUCACAUGGGUGAGCCCACCCACCAUCACUCUAGAGUGGAAGAGGAAGGUGGCCCAGGAAGCCAUCGAGAGCCUCAGCGCCUCCAAGUUGGCCAAGAGCAUUUGCAGCCAGUUUCGCACUCGGCUCAAUAGUUCUCAUGAGGCUUUUGCAGCCUCCUUGAGGCAGCUGGAAGCUGGUCACUCUGGCCGGCUGGAGAAAACUGAAGAUCUGUGGCUAAAGGUUCGAAAAGAUCAUGCCCCUCGUCUGGCCCGCCUUUCACUAGAGAGCCGGUCUUUACAGGAUGUCUUGCUUCACCGUAAGCCUAAAUUAGGACAGGAACUAGGCCGGGGCCAAUAUGGUGUGGUGUACCUGUGUGACAACUGGGGGGGACACUUUCCUUGUGCCCUCAAGUCAGUUGUUCCUCCAGAUGAGAAGCACUGGAAUGACCUGGCAUUGGAGUUUCACUACAUGAGGUCUUUGCCAAAGCACGAGCGAUUGGUUGAUCUUCACGGUUCAGUCAUUGAUUACAACUAUGGUGGUGGCUCCAGCAUUGCUGUACUGCUUAUUAUGGAGCGGCUGCACCGGGACCUCUACACAGGGCUGAAGGCUGGGCUGACCCUGGAGACACGUUUGCAGAUAGCCCUGGAUGUGGUGGAGGGAAUCCGCUUUCUGCACAGCCAGGGGCUUGUCCAUAGGGAUAUCAAACUGAAAAACGUGCUGCUGGACAAACAAAACCGUGCCAAGAUCACUGACUUGGGAUUCUGCAAGCCAGAAGCAAUGAUGUCAGGCAGCAUUGUUGGGACACCAAUCCAUAUGGCCCCUGAACUUUUCACAGGGAAGUAUGAUAAUUCCGUGGAUGUCUAUGCCUUUGGGAUCCUUUUCUGGUAUAUCUGCUCGGGCUCUAUCAAGCUCCCCGAGGCAUUUGAGAGGUGUGCUAGCAAAGAUCAUCUCUGGAACAAUGUGCGAAGAGGGACCCGUCCAGAGCGUCUUCCUGUGUUUGAUGAGGAGUGCUGGCAGUUGAUGGAAGCAUGUUGGGAUGGUGACCCCUCUAAGAGGCCUCUCCUGGGCAUUGUCCAGCCUAUGCUCCAAGGCAUUAUGGACCGGCUUUGCAAGUGCAAUUCUGAGCGACCAAACAGAGGACUAGAUGAUUCUACUUGAAGACAAAACCUUUCUCUUUCACUCUGUUCCUUCCCUGUUACCUUUUGGCCAUGAGGAGAAUUUGUCAUUUGUUCAUUGAUGGAGCUCCCAAGGGAGCUUGUUUGCUUGUUUGCAACUCAAGACCUUCCUGGGCAGAGAUGGCUCCUGGACAGUGAAGAAUUCAGUGGCUGUUUUAGUGUUCAUAUUGCCUCAUACUAUCUCUUUAGCAAAAGAUUGUCUCAGAUGUGUAGAAGCUGAAUAAUGUGAUGUUCUGGCCUCAGAACUGAAAAGGAGGCAACUGUUACCACUGUCUAUUCACUGUAUAUGUUUCUAAAACAAGUGGGACACUGCAGUGCAGGGGUAUAAAACUAUCAUUUUCAUGACUUCAGCUUUAGCUGGGAACAGUUCAGUUCUAUCCAAUGGUAGAGACCACUUAGAAAACAUGAUCUUAGUUCAGGUUCAUAUGAUUGUAAUGGCAAAAAACAAACCAAUCCAGCCAAAUAUACCUUGUGGUUGUCUGGUUCUUGUUCUCUGUAACCAGGAUCUCAGGUUGUAAGUCAGAAACCCCAGGAGGCAGCUGGGUGUGAAGCUGUCUGCCCUCACAACCCAGUGUUUACAUUUCCAGGGCCAGAGAGCCCUGGUUUCUGCAGGGCAAGGCUAACCCAGAACAGAAUUUGUUUGAUUCCUGGGUCUUUCCCCACCUCCUACCCUUCUUUUCCCUUAAAAAGGAGGUGAUCCUCCAGGUAGCAUGGUACUUGGACUUCAGCAUCUUAUCAGACAGAGAUAGACUACAAUUUUGUUUUUUUAAAUGGGAUAUAGCCCAGGCUGGCCUUAAAAUCCCAUCCUUCUGCUUAGCCUCCAAAGUGCCGAGAUUACAGGCAUGUGCUACCAUGCCCAGCUUUUAACUAUGUAACUCACUCUUCUAUUUCCUUCUCCAGUGCUAGGGAUCAAUCCACAGCCUCAGAACUGCUGGUAAGUGCUCUCUGGUGAGCUACACUCCAGUUUCAUAGAGCUUUCAAAGUUCACAUUUAAUACUCAGCAUGGUGACCUCUGAUGAUGAUGCGGUUGGGCAUAAUGGUCUCCUAAGUACUCAGAAUUCCAUGCAGUGCUCUACAUGCAAAUUGUAAUGGACAAGUGAGCCCAGUGUCUUUGGGCUCGUUGGCUCUGGUCUCAUUUUGGUAGAAUGCUUAGUUUCGCUCUUAGAAUUUUAAUAUCUACUCAAUUAUAUUUAGUUACUCUGCCCUGAGCAUUACAUUGUUAUCCUCUGGAGACAGUAGGAUGUACAGGAAGCCAGGUGUCAAGAAAGAAAAAAAUGAGUCAUCUCUAUUAGUUAGAUCUGUUGUGUGUGAAACUUGAAGAGGUCUUGUGUAGUGGGGAGACUACUGACCCUUGUUCUUGAACUCUAACUGUAACACAGAGGCUGCAGUUCCAGUACGGAAACUAUAUUACUAACGUUUGUAGCAUGUCUUAGCUCCUCAGACUCAUGAAUGGGAGGUCAGAUUUUUUUCCCCAUCCAGAGUCCGGUUUCAGUCUUCUGCCAGAUUACAGAUUCAGUUUUUCAGUCUUUAAUAUUUAAAAAGAAGUUUCCCUCCAUUUUUCUGUCCAGUGGGAGGGAGAGGCUAAUGCUAAGUGAGGAUAUAAGGAGUAGUUUUGUAGUUCAUUCAUUAAAAAAUAUCUGAAAAUGUCCAAGAUAUUACUGAAAGUGUCUGGGCAAGCCAAAGGCCACAUAGGGGUAUUUGAUGGUGGUAUUUCAAUGCUCAGCAGGCUGAGUAUGUGAACACUUGUAUCUAAUUUGUAUGUAUUUUACUUUAUAACAUUGUAAGCUAAUUUUGAAUUCUUUGGUUUUUUGGCAUCUAUUAUUAUUUCAGUGAUAAAAUGCCAUGAAAUGUACUGUAUUGUAUGUCACUUGGGAAGACACUAGGUCCUCAGAGAAGUGUGGUGGCACUUAGGAAGUACAGGGCUCAACAGGGCCAAAGUUUUGAAGAUUUACCUCCAGGCUGAGGGAAAAAGAAGGGUGGCAUCCUUUACUGUGUGCUAUCCUUCAAAAAAUUCCCAUAAGGGCAGUUACUCUAGCCCGGAAGUGACCACCUGACUGCUUCUUAGGAGCUGAAAGUCUGCUUGUUCAUUUGGUUUGGAAUGGAGUGACAGGCCUUCCUGCAGAGCAAUCAGAAGAAAUGCUGGCAGUCUGGCCUCUGCAUGGCCCACCUGUGCCUUGAGCUAGCAGUGGCACAGCUGAGUGGCUUCAUGACUAGGCAGUCUUUCUGCUCUCAGAAAGGACUACCCUGGUUGUUCCUAGACCAAAGAGAGUCACUUCUGACUCCAUCCACUUUAAGGGACAGGGCUAGGCAGUCACUGAGUCAAAAUGGUAACACUAAAGCUCAAGGAAACCAAGAAAAGGACUCAUUACUACACAGCUAGAGCCAGACAAUGGUGAGCUCUGAACACGCGUCAGUUCCCCAAGUGCAUUUUGUAUUUUCGCUUGAGCUGUCAUCAUAGAUAGAACACUCAGGGUGUGUGUAGUUCAGUGGUAGAAUGUGCUUAGUGUGCACAUGGCCUGGGGUUCUAGGAACAAAACAAAACAAAACACAAAGGUCAAAGGGGUUGGAGAAUGUUCUUCCUGACAGAAGUGGCCUGGGGUAGUGGGGCUGUAAAGUGACAACUGCACUAAAUGACACUUUAUUUUUGUUGUUGUUGUUGUCUUAUUUAGCACUGAGAAGCCCAGGGGAUGGGUCAGUACAGUCACACUUAGGGAAACUUGAGGCACCCUUCGGUCUUGCUCUGGAGAGAUGCCCUGCUUUUUUGAUGUAGCUUACAGGGAGAUCUCCCAAGCCUGUGUUGUGUUGGGGUGGAUUAACAGCCUUGGAAAGUGCAUUCCAAAGGAGGAGCUGCUUUAAGUGUUCAGGACUUGCAUUUUGCAUUUGUUGAGUCUCAAAGUCCACAUUUUCCUUAAAAUGAGGGUUUAGUCUUAAGUGUUGGGAUAUGUGACGUAGAGCUAGUGUGAUAGGAGAGUGGCCUUAAGACACUGGUACUGCAAACUCCCCUAGAAGUUUCAAGUGGUACUGGUGCUCUUAAAAGUUUUAACUUCAUGUGUUUUACUAGAACCUAGUGUGAUUGACAUAGUGGUGGAGGCUGUGAACACCUGACAUUGGGGAGGCCAAUUAGCCUAGAGGGUUGACAAGACACUUGGUCUGGAUGGCUUGCUUGUUUUUUAUUUUUGUCUUUAUGUAAUGUUUUUAUUUGUUUUAAAAGACUAAUGUUUAUUACAGUAUUAUAUAAAAGUGUAACAUACUAAGUGUGUAGAAUAAAGUGCAAUAACACAAAAUUACUUUGACACAGA